CAGGCCAUGCCCCGCCUCUCUCGUGCUUUUCUAGCAGUCGCAGUCACAGUAGGACAAGGACUUGUCCAGUUCAGUGGCUUCAGCGUCCACAAGCGCGUUAAGCACUCUCCUCCCCUCCCCACCUCGCAAGCUUGCUCACUUCUGUCAGCUAAGCUACCCCGUCCCCGUGGCGACUGGGGGACAUCGUUUCCGUCUCCGGGCUCGGCAGCCGCAAUGCUGGCGCAGCUGCUGCUCGUGCACCUCCUCCUCCUCCCCGCCGCGUCCUCGGCCGACCACCACCGCCAUUACCGGGGCAGAAGGGCGCUGCACGAGCCGCUGUUCCCUCUGGAGAGCACGCCCACGCUGCCGCCGCCACCGCCCGCGCCGUUCUUCCCGUUCCUACCAGGCGCCGCGGCGCCGCCGACGCCGGUGGCGCCGCCGGAGGUUGGCUCCGCCUCCACGCCAGCCGACACCGGCGCGGGUGACGCGUCGUCGUCGCCGCACCCGACGGCGCCGGCCAACAUUUCGUCCCUGGCACCGCUGCCCGUCUCCCACGGCGCGCCGCUCCGGGCCUUCCUCUCAUCCCACCGCCUCCUCACCGUCCUCGUCCUGGUCGUCGCCGUUGCUGCGGCCGUGCUCACGGCCGCGCUCGUUUACAUCCUCGCCCGCCGCCAGCGUCGUCACUCACCCAAGGAGGAAGCUGCAGUGUACGCAAAGCCCUCCUCUCUUGCACCGGCCAACCCCGUGCCCUACGACGGUGGCGACCAGCAUGGCCGGGGCUCGACGGCCACCGUCUCCAGCGCCAGCUCGCCGGAGCUCAGGCCGAUGCCGCCUUUGCCCCGGCAGUUCCAGCAGACGCAGAUGAACUUGUCGUCGUGUUCAAAAUCCGUUCUUGACGCCGGAGCAGGAGGUAAGCGUCCUUCAGAGGGUGCUCCUCCUCCUCCUCCUCCACCACCUCCUCCACCACUGCUGCCUCCAAUGCCACCGGUGAAAGACAAGGGCGGCGCCACAGCAGCUACUGCUCCUCCGGCGCCGCCGCCUCCUCUGCCGCGAGCCGGCAACGGCAGCGGCUGGUUGCCUCGGCGGCACUCCGAGCGCCCAGCGACCACGGUGAUCAGGGCCUCGGCGAGCGCAGUUCACCCAGAAGAGUCUCCAGGGCGCGCGCCGUCAGAGAAACCAGCGGACGCGGACGCGGACGCGGACGCUCUGCCGAAGCUGAAGCCGUUGCACUGGGACAAGGUGCGCGCGAGCUCUGGCCGACCGACGGUGUGGGAUCAGCUGAAGGCGAGCUCUUUCCGAGUGAACGAAGAGAUGAUUGAGACGUUGUUCGUCUCAAAUUCGACAUGGAGAUCCUCCAAGAGUGGAAUCAAGGCGCCAAAUUCCAGUUCGUGCAGCCAGGAGAACAAGGUCCUCGACCCGAAGAAAUCACAAAACAUCGCGAUAAUGCUGAGGGCGCUCAAUGCGACCAAGGAAGAAGUGUGCAGAGCACUCCUAGAUGGGCAGGCAGAGAGCCUUGGAUCUGAGCUCUUGGAGAUGCUGCUGAAGAUGGCGCCUAGCAGGGAAGAGGAGAUCAAGUUGAAAGAAUGCAGGGAGGACGCUGUGUCAAAGCUUGGCCCUGCUGAAAGCUUCCUCAAGGCGGUGCUCGCGAUCCCAUUCGCUUUCAAGAGAGUGGAAGCGAUGCUGUACAUCACCAACUUCGAUUUAGAGGUUGACUACCUCAAGACCUCCUACAAAACUCUUGAGGCAGCAUGCGAAGAGCUACAGGGCAGCAGGUUGUUCCACAAGAUACUAGACGCGGUCCUGAAGACGGGCAACCGCAUGAACACCGGCACGAACCGUGGGAACGCCCACGCCUUCAAGCUGGACGCGCUCCUCAAGCUAGUCGACGUGAAGGGCGUCGACGGCAAGACGACCCUCCUGCACUUCGUCGUCGAAGAAAUCAUCAGGUCCGAAGGAGCCAACAUUUUAGCCACCGGCCAGACAUCUGGUCAGGCAGGCGCCCUCGCAGAUGACCUGCAGUGCAGGAAGGUAGGUCUGAAGAUCGUGGCGAGCCUUGGCGGCGAGCUCAGCAGCGUGAAGAAGGCGGCAGCGAUGGACUCCAGCACGCUGGGUAGCUGCGUCUCCAAACUGUCCUCCGGAGCCGGGAGGAUCAGCGAGGUCCUGCACUUGAGCUCAGCAUCAGAAGACGGCUGCAAGUGCAAGAGGUUCCGCGCCUCCAUCGGUGAGUUCCUGCAGAAGGCCGAGGCUGAGGUCGCCGGGGUGCAGGCCCAGGAGGACCGCGCCCUCGCCCGCGUCAGGGAGACGACCGAGUUCUUCCACGGUGACUCGGCCAGAGAGGAAGGCCACCCCCUGAGGAUCUUCAUGGUGGUGCGCGACUUCCUCACGGCCCUCGAUCACGUCUGCAGGGACGUUGUGAAGGUGAACGAGCGGGCAGCGGCCGGUGGGUGGUCGCGGCGGGUGGGGAUUGGGAACACGCACGCUCCUCCGGUGUUUGGCGCGGUGCGGUCCCGGUCCACCACCUCCUCCUCCUCGUCGGAGGAGAGCUCGGCGCCCUAGCCGUCGGGAUGCAAUGCAGCACUGAUUGUCUGAGCAGGAAUCUGCAUCCUGCAGUCUAGAAGAAGAGCAGUGCAGCCUCAGACGUAGUAGGACCAUAAUAUACUAAAUAUUUUGUACCUGGAGAAGGUAGUUUGUAGAGUAAAGUAAAGCCUAUGAUUCAGCAUGAUGAACAUCGUCCUCCCAUUAGCCUACCAAAGGUGAAAACGGGCAUUGUACAUGAUUGUGCAUGCUGAGAAUUAUUGUUGGAUGAUAGCUUUUU